UCUACUUUCAACCAUACAUAUUCCCCGUUCCUUCAUUGCAAAUAACUGCCCAACAUGGAUAAGAUCAAGGAGGUGAGACUCCUUUCCCCUUCCCCUCCCCCUGUUGGCGGGGUAGCUUCUAAGCUGCCUGGAACUGCACAUGCACCACCACCACAUGCAUCUUUUACUUCUCCCACCGCAUCACUCAUUCAUCAUGAUCCAUCUAUCAUCAUUACUAGAAGGAGAAAUGUAUAAAUAAACUUGAGAUCUCCGAAAACUGACCACCAUG